CUGCUGCUGCCGCGGCGGACAGACUUGCAGGAGGCGGCGGUGGCGGCAGAGGCCGAGGGAAGAUGGCGGACGGUGUGGACCACAUAGACAUUUACGCGGAUGUGGGCGAAGAGUUCAACCAGGAAGCUGAAUAUGGUGGGCAUGAUCAGAUAGAUUUGUAUGAUGAUGUCAUCUCUCCAUCUGCAAAUAAUGGAGAUGCCCCUGAAGACCGCGAUUAUAUGGAUACUCUCCCACCAACUGUUGGAGAUGAUGUGGGUAAAGGGGCAGCACCAAAUGUUGUUUAUACCUAUACUGGAAAGAGAAUUGCAUUAUAUAUUGGAAAUCUGACAUGGUGGACAACAGAUGAAGACUUAACUGAAGCAGUUCAUUCUUUGGGAGUGAAUGAUAUUUUGGAGAUAAAAUUUUUUGAAAAUCGGGCAAAUGGCCAGUCCAAGGGGUUUGCCCUUGUUGGUGUUGGAUCCGAAGCAUCUUCAAAAAAGUUAAUGGAUCUGUUACCUAAAAGAGAGCUGCAUGGUCAGAAUCCUGUUGUAACUCCAUGCAAUAAACAGUUCCUGAGUCAAUUUGAAAUGCAGUCCAGGAAAACUACACAGUCAGGACAAAUGUCUGGGGAAGGUAAAGCUGGUCCUCCAGGAGGCAGUUCACGUGCAGCAUUUCCACAAGGUGGUAGAGGACGGGGCCGUUUUCCAGGGGCUGUUCCCGGUGGGGACAGGUUUCCUGGGCCAGCAGGACCAGGAGGGCCACCCCCACCUUUUCCAGGAAAUUUGAUCAAGCAUCUUGUUAAAGGAACUCGGCCUUUGUUCCUGGAAACUAGGAUUCCAUGGCAUAUGGGGCACAGCAUAGAGGAAAUACCCAUUUUUGGCCUAAAAGCUGGACAGACUCCACCACGUCCCCCUUUAGGUCCUCCAGGCCCACCUGGUCCACCAGGUCCUCCACCUCCUGGCCAGGUUCUGCCUCCUCCACUAGCUGGGCCUCCUAAUCGAGGAGAUCGCCCUCCACCACCAGUUCUUUUUCCUGGACAACCUUUUGGGCAGCCUCCACUGGGUCCGCUUCCACCUGGUCCUCCACCUCCAGUUCCGGGCUACGGGCCCCCUCCUGGGCCACCACCUCCACAACAGGGACCACCUCCACCUCCAGGCCCCUUUCCACCUCGUCCACCUGGCCCUCUUGGGCCACCCCUUACACUUGCUCCUCCUCCUCAUCUUCCUGGACCACCUCCAGGUGCCCCGCCUCCAGCUCCACAUGUGAACCCGGCUUUCUUUCCUCCACCAACUAAUAGCGGCAUGCCUACAUCAGAUAGCCGGGGUCCACCACCAGCAGAUCCAUAUGGCCGACCUCCACCAUAUGAUAGGGGUGACUAUGGGCCUCCUGGAAGGGAAAUGGAUACUGCAAGAACGCCAUUGAGUGAAGCUGAGUUUGAAGAAAUCAUGAAUAGAAAUAGGGCAAUUUCAAGCAGUGCCAUUUCAAGAGCUGUUUCUGAUGCUAGUGCUGGUGAUUAUGGGAGUGCUAUUGAGACAUUGGUAACUGCAAUUUCCUUAAUUAAACAAUCCAAAGUGUCUGCUGAUGAUCGUUGCAAAGUCCUUAUUAGCUCUUUGCAAGAUUGCCUUCAUGGAAUUGAGUCUAAGUCUUAUGGUUCUGGAUCAAGAAGACGUGAACGAUCAAGAGAGAGGGACCAUAGUAGAUCACGGGAAAAGAGUCGGCGUCAUAAAUCCCGUAGUAGAGACCGUCAUGACGAUUAUUAUAGAGAGAGAAGCAGAGAACGAGAGAGGCACCGAGAUCGUGAUCGAGACCGUGACCGAGAGCGCGACCGCGAGCGCGAGUAUCGCCAUCGUUAGAGAAGCUGAAGGAAGAGGAACACCUUGCAAGACAAAACAGUCUUCAUGGGGGAAAAAUGACGCUUGUCCAGCAGAUUGCUUCUUGUGAUUGAACUGAACCUGUAAGGAUUCAUGGAUAUAAUGAACAGGAAUAGAUCUGAAUAAAGCAAAUCUGCAUAAAUGGUAACCAGUAGCUCUACUUUUACUUUUUAUGUUGCUUAACUGUUUUAUUUGAAGGAAACCUGUGUGAUUUAAAAAGUUAUAGCUUUUGCAACUUUAUUACUGGUUAUAUACAUUUGGCUAUUAUAAUGUGCAAGCAAUUGGAAAAAAGUCAAGUAAAUGCUUGUUUUUAUAGUAGUUUGUUCUUGUUAAAAAUGUUCAUAUGAUGAUGUCUGUAAACAGCACCACUUUGAUUACAAUAGAUGUAGUGUUGUAAUAAACUGUUUAAUGGGGCUGAUGUGUAAAGCUGUUCAAGUUAUUUGAUGUUUACACCUCAGGGAAAGUCUUGUGUUCAGCAAUAUCUAAAGAUAAUGUUAUUAUGACAACAUUUAUACUGUCCUUUAAAAAAGCAUUGCAAUAGCGUUUUUGGAUAUGCAUCAAUCUAAUCUUGCGUUCAGUGAAUUAAACAUAAUAAUUAAGUGUCUCUUGCCCUUGAUUUUGAUAUUAGAAUAGGGGAUGACAUGGAUAUUUAAUAUUUCUAUAUUCUGCUUUUCUAGCUGUUUUUACCUACUAGUUAGCUUGUGACUUUGCUGAAUGGUAUGUAAUCUUGUAAAAUCUGAAAUUUGACAGAUACAUAGCAAUCUAGGCAAUGUGUAGGGGUGAAAAAAUUUGUGUGGUUUUACCAUUUUAGUAAAAAUUCAUGUUAUUUGCUACAGUAAUGCAGCUUAAUUACUAAACAGAUGUAUUGAAACCCUUUUUGUGAACUGCCAGCAUUGAAGAGAUGUUUUGAAAAUUUAUGAUCGAGGCUGCAGUUAUUUGCUGUUUUAUAGUGAUGGUGCUUAAUGGUUUAUUUUUGAAGCUGUGGGCAAUGUAAAUACAACCAUGCAGCAGAUAAAUACGAGUGAAGAGACCUGGGUUUAGUUUUCGAGUUGCUAUAGAUUUCUGAAGGGUGUUAUGUUUAACAUUGGAUUAUAUUCUCCUGUAUCUGAAAUGGAAGAUUAUAGGUGCACUCCACAGUUUGAGGAAUUGUGUAUAUAUUCAUGCAAUCGACUGAUUCAUGCUAGAGUUACUUAGUAAUCAAGGAUUUUUUUUUCUAACCUGCCUUACGUAAAGGCCUACAUUAAAAGCACCUGGUUAGCAUGUGUUCAUAAUUACAAAAUCAGCAUUGGCAGAAUGUCGUCUUAGGUAGACAUUUUUAUAGGAAGGUCAUUCUGAAUCAUUACUUCAGGAAUUUGUUGACUUAAAUUCUUAAGCAAGUCAUUUUUUAAAAAAAAAAUAUGUUUUAGUAUCUGAUUAUCUUUGAGAGAGAGAUCUUCUGAUAAUACACAUUGAUUUUUAAAAUUAGAACAGUGCUCAAAGUAUUUAAGUACCCUAGGUAUUAUGUAAUGUGCAACUAUAGAGGCCCUCUAGAGAUUUGCACUGCAGUUCUUCAGUUUCAUCUUGUCCAUUAUCAUAUACUUCUCACAGAAUUACCUGUUUCAAAUUAUCCAUAUUAUUGCCAGUUUUAUUUUUAAGACAUUUUGUAAUAGGAGUAUUUGUGCAUGGGAUCAUUGGUGUUUAUCAGAACUAUUUGCUGUCAGAAAUGAUUCUUUUGCGUAUUUUAGCUUCUUGAAAAUGCAGUUGCCUUUUAAAAAUUGAGAGUUGUAUCAGUUUUCUUAUUUUGUGUAUAGGUGUUAGUUUUUGUAAUUUCUUGGCUUUCUUAUAUUUUAAUUUAAAUGCCCUAGUGGGAAGAAAUAUGGACAUAAAUAUAUUACAAAGAAAAUUUAGUUACUAUUAAGAGGUUAACAGGUAAGUAAAAUUUCGAUAAGAAUAAAAUUUUCUGUGAACAAUUUUAGGUUGGAAUCACAAAACUAACUGCACUUGAAAUGAAAACUGGAAUUUUUGUAGUAAUUAAGUCCUUCAUUUACCUCUUCAUUUUCAUUAGUGGGACCCUUUAAUUGCUCAUUCUAUACCAUUUUUUUCCCUAUGUUGUUGAUCUCAUUACGUAACUUUUGUUGCAGACGGUGUGAGUGUACUAGAAUUGUUUGUUGCUAGUCCAUUAUUUUAAGUUGUCAGAUAGAAAUAACAUGUUUAACCACAUAAUUUUGCAAAAUCCUUCUCUACCUGAUAACAUAUGAAUGUAUAACAGGAAAGGUAAAAAUUGUAAACUUUGUUUUACUCUUCAUUCCCUUUCUGUUGUUUUCUUUGGGCUCGUGGUGUUUGAAAACUCUACUUUUUUUAAAUGUGUAAAAACAAUCCAAAGAGAUAAAUCCUUGCAUAGACAUCAAAAAAGAAAAAAAAAAAAAAUGUGUGUGUAUUCCUGAGACCUUUUCAUUUUUCUUAGUUAACAAAAAUAAUCGUAACGGAUAUGAAAACAAACAAGCUUAAUUUUAAACCAUAGUACUUAUUAGUGCUAUACAGUCAACAUUCCUAUCAGCCAGUAAAAUUAUGAAUGAGUGAUAUAGCUCCUGAAUGGUAUUAUUGCUCCUGAAGCAAUAUUUUGAAUUGAAUGUGCUGGUUUUUGGUUCAAGGAGGUAUGUUGUGGGAAGGUUAUUCCAAUGUAAAUUUGGAGUGUUUAUUUUACUUUGUUAACUUUCAUAAGCAAGAUUUGUAGUAAAUUGCAAUGGCUAUUGAUCAUAGGUCCCCGUUCAGUGGCCCCUUUACUGUUCUUAAGCAGUUAACUGCAAUUUGGAGAUUUACGAAAAAUUUAUGGAUUGUUGCUUAAGGUAUUUUCAUUUAAUUCUCCUGUGGAGAAUAUAGCUUUAUUUCUCAUAGUUUAAGGUCAGUUCUUAAACAUGGAGGUUUUAAUGAAUGUUGUAUAAUAUUUUUUGUAGUGAAAGGGAAAACUAUUGAAAGGGCAAAGACUUUCUCUUUCCCUUAUGUAUUUAAAUGUACCAGUAGCCUAAAAUAGUUACUGUUUUAUACAAUGAGAUACUACUAUUAGACUUUUCCAUUGGAGGGCUCUCAACAUUUUGGUUGAAUGAUCAUUGAAUUUUCUGUAUCUUAUAAAAUGGCUUCAAUUUUGUGUUUAAGCUUCAGCUUAUCUUAAGACGUUUAUGUUCUUACUGUUUACUGGGAAUACAAAUAUUGAGAUUCUUACUGUUUUACAGGUAAUGGCUUUUUACAUUUUAUUCAUUACGUUCAUUUGCCAUCCCACAACCCUCUGUAAAUGUUUCCCUCAGUUGUAUGUACUUAAAUGCACGUCCAUCUAUUGUACAUAUUAGACAUUUUUUGUGCUAAAAUAUAUCAAGUGGGAUUUUCAUAGCAAAACAUUCUUUUCUGUUCUUACAGUGUGUAGUUUUUUUGUUUUGUUUUGUUUUUUUUGUUUUUAAGCAUUAACCUACAAUUCAAACACUGGUAUAUUUAUUUUUUAGCAACUUGACUCUUAGAAGCCUUAGACUAACUUUCUUAAAAGUAUUCAACCAAAAAUUAUGAAUUUAAGAUGUGGCCUUAUGUUUUGUGACAUUCCUUAUGUUUGUAAUGUGAGAUUUUUGAUGGAGAGAAAUUAAAUAUUCAGGAUUAAAGUUUGAUUGUAAAUUGAAAUAGGAAAUGUGUGUUAAAAUGUCUAGGCUUCUGGGAGGAAGUUCUUAUAAUCUUCUUUCUUGGCAUUAGAAAGAAGCAAUAUGAAUUUUUGUGAAUAUUCAAAAUAUUCAGGCAAUUGUAUCCUGUUCAGAUUGAUUUAGGUUUGUCUUAACCAGUGUUUCUUAUUUAAAAUUUCAGGUGAUUGACUUUCACUGUCUUGAGUAUGCAGCUACUAUAGUUUUUGUAUGGACCAUGUAAACACUUGGUUAGAUACAGACAGAUUUUAAUGCUUUAAAGAUUUCCUGCGAUACUAGUUGACAUACUGUAAUGGCAGUCUUUUAAAAUAUAAAGUAGAACUUAACUGAAAUCACACAAAUCUUGAAAUGCUAACUGCAGAUAGUAAGUACUACCAGGAGUUUUUCAUGUGGGAGUAAUGUACAACUCCACCAUGGGCUUUAUAAGUUUUUCGUUAGGUUCAUAAUUGCAUAGACCCUGAAGUUUAGAGAAAACAUUUCAUUUUGAAAGUGUAUUCUUUUUGCCACACUGUUAACUGCAUAACAUUUUCCAGCAUUCUGUAAGUUGAAUUGUUUUUAAAUACAAUGGUGAAUUCAUGUUUAUUUUUUUACUUUGAAAACUGUAGUACUCAGGUGGUAUUUAAUGGGAAAGGAUCCUUUGGAGAAAAUCAUAAUGUAUUCUAAGGAAUGCAUCUGUAGUGUGGAUGACUCGAGCCUUGAAAAAAGGUCUGUUAUUAUUCCUUCUUCCUCUUCAUCCUGUGAUAUAUUAGAAAAGUAGUUUACAGCCCUGUACAGCCUUACCAAGUUGUUGUACAAUUUUUAAUGGAAAGCCCUUAACAAAAAAUUGUGUCAUACUACCAGUAUCCAUGAAUUACUGAAUUACAGUUUGUAAAUAAUUUGUCUAAUAACAGAAGGCCAAAGAAAGUUAACAAUUUUAGCUGUUGACUCUAUGGUGACUUCACAAUAAGAUUUCUGUGCAAAGGUAAGGUGAUAUUUGAUCAAAUAGACAUCUUUUUGUUGUCCAUGAGAACAAGACUUCCAUAUUAGUGUCUAUUAAAAAGCUCAUUUCAUUUUUAUUAAAUUGUUUGUAAUUGCAAUUUUGUGUUUAAUGUUUACUUUCUGUCUUUUCUUUCUUUAGCAUUUAGGUGACUGUUCAGCAGUUUGCUAUACGGCCAUUGUUGGUCUUAAACUGCACUAAUAACAAGCAUGGUAUUUAUCUUGUAUUGAAAAUAAAAGUUUUGAUAAUA